AUGACAUAUUUGGAAGCUAAAGAUAAAAUUAUCAAGAAUAAUACAAAUUUAUCGACUGUAAUUUUAAAAUUACUUGAAAAUUAUCGAUUUUGGAGUUUAAUUUUCAAAGCAACUGGCCUUGUUGAUAAUUUGUAUUCCCAUCCUUAUGUUAAGCAAGUUCAAGGAUUAAUCUUUAAAUUCGAUGCCGUUAUUAUUAGAGAGGAUAUAACAAUACGAUCCCUACAAGAAAUUCUUGAAUAUGAUACUAAAAUUUUGAAUCCCUUUCUCAAUUUAUCUGCCAAGAAAGAGAAAAUUAGCGAAGAUCUGAUUAAAAAUCUUCGAAAAAACUACCAUGGAUACAUUUUGAAAAUAGAACAAUUAAGAUCAUUUUAUGAUAAAUUUUGUCCUAUUGAAAAAGUUAAAGACGUUCAAAAUUUUCUUAAUGACAUUAAUAAUCGAAAUAAUAAUCUAGGAAAUCUUACGCUUAAAGAAACUUUGGCUGAUAAUCAUUGGAAUUUUCAUAAAAAAAAUAUAGUUACCGCUAGAAAAGCACAUAAAUGGGCAAAGUCGCAUACAUUCUAUAAUGUUUUUAAUAAUAAAUUGGAAUUGGAAUCAUAUGAAUAUGAAUUAGUAACUGUCGAAUAUAUAGCUCAAACUUUAAUGCCAGCCGUAUUUAUCGAAUAUGAUCAAUUAUGUCAACAAUAUAAAGAAUGGGAAAGUCUUAAAUGUUCAGAAGGAAUCCUUAUAUGGAAAAAUGUGAAAGAUAUCGAAAAAGAAUUAAAUUUGAUAAGUGAUUACAUUCAAACAGAAAAAAGUCCAAAGUUAAUUAAAACACUUGAAUAUCUUUCUUUAGUUCCGACUCAAAUUGAACGACUUCAGCAAUUAUCUAUAGUCGUAGUUAUGUUUAAAAUAACUCACACUAAAGAUGAUUGGCUUGAAAGAAUACAGUUAGUUCUUCGUGACGAUUAUCUUUGGUUAGGAAAAUUAGUGAAUUUCUUUGAAAUAUUUAAUCAACAUUUUGGAUUAAUUAAUGAUGAUUGUUGGGAUUUGAUCAAAGAACUCUCAAAAGCUAGUGAUUUUAUUGUAUUUCUUUAUAAAAUCGCUGAACAUGACAUAAAAAAUUUAAUUAAUUCGGUAGACGAAUCUUCAGAUGAAAGACUUAUACAAGAAGACACAAUUAUCGCUUAA